CAGCUCAACACCAGCGGUUUCUCUCUGAGUGAUCGGAACAACAAACCGAACGGAGCAAGCGGGGUAAGAGCGUGUCCAAAACCGCCUCUGACCGCCACUUUCAAACUACAUCCAUGAAAUAGCCGCGAACGCGCACUUUAAAGCCACCGGAGUCCAUCCAGCUCUACAAGAACACCUUAUAAACAAUCCGGAAUCGACCCUGACGAUCGGGUUUAUGAGACAAACGUCCUCGCUGUUGGCCUGUGUGUAUGAAGACAAAGCCUUUGCCAAGUUGAUGUGGACCAGAAGAUGUUAAAGAAAUGAUAGCCGCACCGGAAUUACAAACAGAGUUUCAUUACCCUCAGGACACUGACACCCGAUUCUCAUCAGACACUGAUUUCGAUGAUCCUGAUGGGAGAAAUGCCAUCAUCGGGAAGGGGAAGGCGAAGAAAGGAAAGAAGGGCCCUGGAGAGAAGGGAAAAGGGAUGGGUAAAGGAGUUGGACGCAUGAACGGUCACCACCAGGAAAACGGCAUGGAAAAUGUCAUGCUUUUUGAAGUGGUCAGGCUGGGGAAGAGUGCCAUGCAGUCGGUCGUCGAUGACUGGAUCGAGUCUUAUAAACAUGACCGAGACGUCGCACUCCUCGACUUGAUCAAUUUCUUCAUCCAGUGCUCCGGCUGCAAAGGUGUUGUGUCUGGUGAGAUGUUUCGCAACAUGCAAAACUCAGAGAUUAUCAGGAAGAUGACGGAAGAGUUUGAUGAGGACAGCGGCGAUUACCCACUCACCAUGACAGGGCCACAGUGGAAGAAGUUCAAGUCUAGUUUCUGUGAGUUUAUUGGCGUGUUGGUGCGGCAGUGUCAGUACAGCAUCAUCUAUGAUGAGUACAUGAUGGACACGGUCAUCUCAUUGCUCACCGGACUUUCUGAUUCGCAAGUCCGAGCCUUUAGACACACCAGCACACUGGCAGCUAUGAAGCUGAUGACAGCUCUCGUGAAUGUAGCGCUGAACCUCAGCAUCAACAUGGACAACACUCAGCGGCAGUAUGAAGCAGAGAGAAACAAGAUGAUUGGCAAGAGGGCCAACGACAGACUAGAGCUCCUGCUUCAGAAACGAAAGGAGUUACAAGAAAAUCAGGAUGAAAUUGAAAACAUGAUGAACGCCAUUUUCAAAGGAGUCUUUGUUCACCGAUAUCGUGAUGCAAUAGCAGAGAUCCGGGCGAUCUGCAUCGAAGAGAUCGGCGUGUGGAUGAAGAUGUACAGCGACGCUUUUCUUAACGACAGCUAUCUGAAGUAUGUGGGCUGGACUAUGCAUGACAAGCAAGGUGAGGUGCGUCUGAAGUGUCUCACGGCUCUGCAGGGUCUGUACCAUAACCGCGAGCUCAAUGCCAAGCUGGAGCUCUUCACCAGCCGCUUCAAGGACCGUAUUGUAUCUAUGACGUUGGACAAGGAGUAUGAUGUUGCAGUGCAAGCAAUAAAACUGCUCACGCUGGUGUUACAUAGCAGUGAUGAAGUUCUGACUGCAGAAGACUGUGAGAGUGUGUACCACCUAGUGUAUUCAGCCCACCGGCCUGUCGCUGUAGCAGCAGGAGAGUUCCUCUUUAAGAAACUGUUCAGUCAUCGAGACCCUGAAGAUGACAGCAUGCCUAAGAGACGAGGCAGACAGAGUGUGAACGCCAACCUCAUCAAAACCACUGUCUUUUUCUUCCUGGAGAGUGAGCUUCACGAGCAUGCGGCCUAUCUAGUGGACAGCAUGUGGGACUGUGCAGCAGAGCUCCUGAAGGACUGGGAAUGCAUGAUCAGCUUGUUGCUGGAUGAGCCACUGCCUGGAGAGGAAGCUCUGACGGACAGACAGGAGACGGCUCUGAUCGAGAUCUUGCUGUGCACCAUCCGUCAGGCUGCAGAGUGCCAUCCUCCUGUGGGCAGAGGCACGGGCAAAAGGGUUCUGACAGCGAAGGAGAAGAAGACUCAGCUUGACGACCGGACGAGAAUGACGGAGCUCUUUGCUAUAGCACUGCCAGCUUUACUUGCAAAGUACUCUGUGGAUGCAGAGAAAGUGACAAAUCUGCUGCAACUGCCUCAGUUUUUUGAUCUGGAGAUCUACACCACAGGGCGUUUAGAAAAGCAUCUAGAUUCAUUGUUAAGACAAAUCAGAGAGAUUGUGGAGAAGCACACGGACACAGACGUACUUGAAGCUUGCUCCAAAACCUACCACUCCUUGUGCAACGAGGAGUUCACCAUCUUUAACCGGGUGGAUAUCGCUCGCAGCCAGCUCUUGGAUGAGCAAGUGGACAAGUUCAACAAACUUUUGGAGGACUUUCUGCAGGAGGGUGAAGAUCCAGAUGAAGAUGAUGCUUAUCAAGUUCUGUCCACACUGAAGAGGAUCUCAGCUUUUUAUAACGCCCAUGACUUAUCCAAAUGGGACCUCUUCACCAGCAACUACAAGUUACUGAACACUGGUAUUGAAAAUGGAGACAUGCCCGAGCAGAUUGUUGUUCACGCGCUGCAGUGUACACAUUACGUCAUCCUGUGGAGCUUAGCAAAGGUCUCCGAGGGCUGCUAUAAAAAGGAGGACAUGUUGACACUGAGGAAGCAGAUGAGGGCGUUUUGUCUAAUGUGCCAGCGUUACCUAACCAGCGUCAACACAGCCGUCAAAGAGCAGGCCUUCACCAUCCUCUGUGACCUGCUGCUGAUCUUCAGUCAUCAGAUCAUCUCAGGAGGAAGAGAAGCUCUCGAACCUUUAGUAUACACACCUGAAGCAUCCCUGCAGUCCGAGCUUCUAAAUUUCAUCCUGGACCACGUCUUCAUUGACCAGGAUGAAGACAGCAACAGCACAGAUGGACAGCAGGAUGAUGAAGCUGGAAAAAUCGAAGCUUUGCACAAGAGGCGAAAUCUGCUGGCCGCAUACUGCAAACUGAUUAUUUACAAUGUAGUUGAGAUGAGCACUGGUGCAGAUAUUUUCAAGCAAUACAUGAGGUAUUACAACGAUUAUGGCGACAUCAUCAAGGAAACUAUGAGCAAGACAAGACAGAUCGACAAAAUCCAGUGCGCAAAGACACUCAUUCUGAGCUUACAGCAGCUGUUCAAUGAGAUGCUGUCAGAGCUCGGCCCUAGCUUUGACCGCUCAUCUUCAGCUUUCUGCGGCAUUAAAGAGCUCGCUCGGCGCUUCUCUCUGACUUUUGGUCUGGAUCAGCUCAAGACCAGAGAGGCCAUCGCCAUGUUACACAAGGAUGGUAUUGAGUUUGCCUUCAAAGAAGCCAAUCCUCAAGGGGAUGGACAUCCUCCCCUCAACCUGGCUUUUCUGGACAUUCUCAGCGAGUUCUCAUCCAAACUCAUGCGUCAGGACAAGAGGACUGUGCACAUGUAUUUGGAGCGCUUUAUGACAUUUCAGAUGGCUCUGCAGAGAGAGGAUUGCUGGCUGCCACUCAUCUCCUACAGGAACUCACUGCAGGCUGGCGGUGAUGAUGACACCAUGUCUGUAGUCAGUGGCAUCAGCAGCCGAGGCUCUUCUGUCAGAAGUAAAAAAGCGAAGCCUGCCACUGCCAAGAGGAAAUUACCGGAAGAGGAGAGCAGCAGCAGCAGUGAGGUAUGGAUGAGCCGUGAGCAGAGCAUGCAGACACCCGUCAUGAUGCCAUCGCCCCAUCUCACCUCCACCAUCAUGAGAGAACCCAAACGCUUGCGUCCUGAGGAGAGCUACAUGGGGGUGUACACAAUGACCCCCGAUCAGCAACAGCAGCACACACACCCUCACACCCCUCAGCCACAACACCACCAAACACCCAUGGACUACAACACACAAGUCACCUGGAUGCUCGCACAGAGACAGCAGCAAGAAGAGGUGGCUAGACAGCAGCAGGAGAGAGCGAUGAAUUACGCCAAAUUAAGGAGCAACCUUCAGCAUGCCAUUCGUCGGGGAACAGGCCUAAUGGAGGAUGACGAGGAGCCCAUUGUGGAAGAUGUAAUGAUGUCAUCGGAAGGCCGAAUUGAGGAUCUCAAUGAAGGCAUGGACUUUGACACCAUGGAUAUUGAUCUGCCUCCAUCGAAGAAUCGACGAGAGCGAUCAGAACUGAAGCCAGACUUUUUCGACCCCGCCUCCAUCAUGGACGAGUCUGUAAGAAGCACUCACUUCCUGGGUUAUGAUGCUUUUCAGCGGUAAUGGGGGACUGGUUCAUUCCCACACUAAGGACGUGAAAGAGAGAUCACCACUAGAUGGCACUAGCAGGAGUGAUUUCAGAUAGUUUGAAUUGCCCUUGUGCAAAAAGAGAAAGAAAAACAAACGUACAGAGAGGGGGAAGAGCAUCUCACUAUUCUAAAUACUAAUCAGACCCAUCUGGACUGAUGAUUGAAUGUUUUGGUAACUCUAAACGCUGAACUGAAUUUGAACAUUUUCUCUUGUAGGUCCUGGGAGUGCCCAUGUUUUAAGGUUAGAAUUGGAGGAGUGUGAAGAGAAGAGACAUUUUGUGUGAAUUCACAUUGAUUCUCUAAAGAGAAUUAAAUUCAAUGGAGUGAUUGGCAUCCAAAUCAGCUCGUACCAUUGACACUUACUAAAACACAGAAAGGAUAAAGGAGCAAUUCAAAGUCUUUGCAAUCAUUGUGUGGGCUUUCCCUGAUUGUGCAAAACAGCGGCAGUAGAUACUGAGCGCCUUGGAAUCUCGGACUGUCCUUAGCCAUAUAUAUAAAUAUAUGAGUAUAUGAUAUCAAAUAUAUAAAUAUAUAUAUUAAAGUAUAUAUAUUUCACAGUUGGACGUCAACAUGUCUGAAGGAACACGUGUGAGAUCUCUAAAAGUUGUGGUAUUUCUUGAAACCGGGGGUGAAUGCAUCUUUUUUUAACUUAAAGACAACUUUGUUAUGUAUAGCCCUUUUGUAAUAGUGAGUAAUCCGGUGUAAAGUAGUAAUUUAUAAGCAGGUUUUUGCUCAUCAUAGUGAGUAUUGAUAUAUUUUAUUCUUCUUAUCUAAUAUGUGAAACGGAGGAGAAAGAGAGAAAAACUUAAAAAAAAAAAAAAAAAAAAAAAAACUCCAGGUCUUUAUAUCUAGUGUUUAGUUUCCUUUUCUUCCACUCUUAAAAAUAAAUCAUGACAUACGACACGAAACCUAAAUCAAAAAACUCUUAGAUGAUUUUGUUUUUCUGCCUUUGGUGCAUGUGUGUGCAGUUUGAGGCCAUUUCAGUGAUCGCUGAAUAUAUUCAUUCACUAAAAACAGUCAGCAAGCAAUUUUAUGUUUAAUAGACAUCUAUUAGACGUCUAGAAUGGAUGUCUUUACUGAAACGAGGCUAAUGAUCAGUGAAAAUAUAAUAAAUGUCUAAAAAUAGCCCAAAAUUAGAUUAAUCAUCAAAUAUGCAGAUUAAACAGGCUUCAGACGAUGAGUCUAUUUUGGGGAUGUUCUUUAUAGGUCUAUUAGAUGUUCACUGACAGCCCAUAUUUAGCCUUAUUUCAGUCAAACGAAUGCUUGCUGGGCUGUUUUUAUGUGCCAACUGCUCUAAAUCUGUGUCCCAGCCAGUCUGCGGAGACUAUUAUUGCUAUCCAAAGAUCAGAUCUGCUCACGCGUCCCUCUAAAACGUAAGAUCAAGCAAAAAAGAGGAAAUCUCUCCAGUAGUGCCAUUGUGUUGUCUCUAAUAAAACAGAACUUAGUGUAUGUAGUAUGUCUGGUGGAGAUUUUCGUCUCCCUGAUUAGAGCUAUGUAGACAUCUACAUUUAAAUAAAGUUAUAUAUAAAUAUAUAAAUUGGUGCUGAUUUUAUAAUUGUGCUUUUAGGGUCUUUUUUUUUUUUGUUCUCCUUGUUUUUAAAAACUCCAACUUAGAGUUCAAGGUUUUGAGAUGUAUAAGAACAUGUCUAAACAUGAAAGUGUGUAGCCAUGCAGCAAGUUUUGAGAUGUUUUAUAUAUUUUUCUUCUUUUUGUGUGUGUGUGUGUGUGUGUGUGUGUGUGUGUGUGUGUGUGUGUGUGUGUGUGUGUGUGUGUGUGUGUGUGUGUGUGUGUGUGUGUGUGUGUUGUUUUGGAUUAUUUUUUUUUUUUUUGUCAGUCAUAAGAGGUUUGUAGGUUUUCACCUUUUAUUUUUAUUUUCCUGAUUGUAAAUUUAGUUUGGUUGCAAUUCACGGACAGAACUAUUUUAUUCAGCUCUAAGUUUGUUUAUUUUUUCCCAAUAUGAGAUAUUUGAAUUGUAACAUAGUAACAUCCUGUGAGAUCCUAAAUGUUACAGCAUCGCAUUGGGCAGCUCUCCGAAGCUUAACUAAUACAUUAACUUAUAUUGCAGACGUGCAUUUUUAUUUUGUCUGGGGUAUACUUUUUAACCAUUCCAUGCCUUGGCCUUAAAACAUCCUUGUUUUAAAAAGGAAAAGAAGAACAUAAAUCUUCCAUGUUGAAACUUUUAUGUGAGGUACAUUGGAUUCCUUUCGCAUCAGAAAAGGAACGGUGCAUUUCUGGAACGGCAUGAGUGUAAUUAUUUAAAAAGACGGUGUGCAGGCAGAUUUUGAGCUUCUGAAAGUAAAUGCCCUUCGGCUUGAACUGUCUUCUGUUCCUCACCACUACAUGAAUUAAACUGCUGAAUAGAUUGUGUAAAUAUACAUGCAUUUAAACGUAAAGCUUAAUUUUUCUAGUGCUUUUUUUUUUCUGUUAACAUUUUAAAACAUAUUAUCACUUUUUCCCUGUUCAGAGAUAUAAACUCAUACAUAACCGUUUCCCUGUCCUCUGUUAUCCACUGUAAUGUUUCUGAUUUGUAUCUGUCUGGAGACAGUAAGUUUUUAAAUAAAAGUAAACAAAUCAUU